UUAUACAGUUAAUUUUCUACUUAAAUACUUGAUAUGAAUUUUUGCUUGGUGUUCGAAAAACUCUACACAAACAGAGACUUUAUGGCAGUUUUAUUAUGAUGGCAUCAACAAUAAAGGACCGAUCAAAGCAUUCCUUCUUUUUGUCUCGUCGAGAUAUUUUUGAAAUUGAACGAGAGUUUUGUCCGACUCCGAGAGAAAGCAUCAUUACAACUGUGUUAUCAUAUAUUAAGGGAUUCACUGCUCCUUUGAUUUCAUCUUCAAGCGUUGGAGGCAAGAAGACCCAUACAAAGCUUCUCAUUGAAGACGAAGAGGAAGAAGACAUCAUGUGGAGUCUCAAGUCAACGGAAGCUGCAACCAUGACUGUUGAGGAGGUUACACAAGAGAUGCAAGCCAGUGUGAAGUGGGGUUUAAGUGACGGAGAAGUUGCAAGAAGACGUGAAAAACAUGGAUGGAAUGAAUUUGAUAUCAAGGAGAAUGAACCACUGUGGAAAAAAUAUCUUGGACAGUUCAAAGACCCAAUGAUUCUUCUAUUACUUGCAUCUGCUGUGAUUAGUAUAUUUAUGCGCCAAUAUGAUGAUGCAUUCAGUAUCACUGUUGCCAUAACGAUUGUUGUCACGGUAGCAUUCGUUCAAGAAUACAGAUCGGAAAAAUCUCUAGAAGAAUUGAAUAAAUUGGUACCUCCCUCAUGUCACUGUAUCCGAAAUGGCAAACUAGAAAAAUUCCUCGCUAGAGAACUCGUUCCUGGUGACACAAUCAUACUUUCUGUUGGUGAUAGAGUCCCUGCUGAUGUCAGACUUAUUGAGGCUGUUGAUCUUCAUAUUGAUGAAAGCAGUUUCACAGGCGAGACUGAGCCAGCUGUUAAAUGCACUGGUAUACCUGAGAAAGACAAUGUGGAUGGACUUGCAUCUCGUGAUAACAUUGCUUUCAUGGGUACUUUGGUCAGGUGUGGCAAUGGAAAGGGUAUUGUAAUAAGUAUUGCGGAACAUUCAGAAUUUGGUGAAGUGUUUCGAAUGAUGCAAGCUGAGGAAUCACCUAAGACUCCAUUGCAACGUAGCAUGGAUACUUUGGGGAAAAUGCUUUCUUUCUAUUCUCUAUGUAUUAUUGGUGCAAUCAUGAUUUUAGGCUGGAUUCAAGGAAGACCUCUAUUGGACAUGUUUACUAUUGGAGUGAGUUUGGGAGUUGCUGCAAUUCCUGAAGGACUUCCGAUUGUGGUUACAGUAACAUUAGCACUUGGUGUCAUGAGAAUGGCAAAGAAAAGAGCAAUUGUGAAGAAAUUACCAAUUGUUGAAGCCUUAGGAUGUGUGAACGUGAUAUGCUCAGAUAAGACAGGAACAUUGACAAAGAAUGAAAUGACAGUGACUAAGUUGUUCACAACUAAUAAUGAAAUUGCAGAGGUAUCUGGAGUUGGUUACAAUUCAGAUGGGCUUAUUACAGUAAAUAAUGAUCUGGUGAAUCGUCAAUCUCAUCCUUGUGUUGCAAGCUUGGUGGAAGCAGGAAUAGUUUGUAAUAACGCAACCAUAAGAGAUGGUGGCCUAUUUGGACAACCAACAGAAGGAGCUCUUGUGGCUUUAGCUAUGAAGCUCGAUAUGGAGAGAAUCAAAGACACGUACGAUAGAAUAUCAGAACAACCAUUCACCCAUGAACAGAAGUGGAUGUCGGUUACUUGUGUAAAGAAAGGAGAUAGAUCAUCAACGCCAAACCUAUUUGUCAAAGGAGCAACUGAGCGAGUUUUGAAACUUUGCACAACUUAUCAAACAUCAUCUGGUGACCAACCAUUGACCAUGAAAGACAAUCAAAGAUUUCUUGAUCAAGCAACUAGCAUGGGUUCCACUGGACUUAGAGUGCUAGCCAUGGCUCGAGGAACAGAGGCAAUGAAUUUGACAUUCCUAGGACUGGUUGGAAUUAUCGAUCCACCUCGGCCUAGAAUGCAGGAAACAAUUCAGAUUUUACAAACUGCUGGUAUCAGAGUUGCCAUGAUUACUGGUGAUGCAAAGGAAACUGCUCUGGCUAUAAGUCGACGACUUGGUAUGCAUGUCAGUGGCAACAAGUGUAUGUCAGGAGAAGAAGUUGACUGCAGUGAUGUCCAUUCUCUCGCUGAUAUUUUGCCAGACAUUUCCGUCUUCUACAGAGCAAGUCCUAAGCAUAAACUUAAGAUUGUGAAGGCUCUUCAAGAAACAGGCAAGAUUGUAGGAAUGACGGGGGACGGAGUGAAUGAUGCUGUUGCAUUGCGUAAAGCUGAUGUUGGUAUUGCCAUGGGAACAACAGGAACUGACGUUUGCAAAGAAGCUGCCGACAUGAUUCUUGUGGACGAUGAUCUGACUACUAUAUUAUCGGCCAUUGAAGAAGGCAAAGGAAUAUUUUAUAACAUAAAAAAUUUUGUAACAUUUCAAUUGAGCACGAGUAUUGCUGCUUUAUCAUUAAUUGCACUAGCAACUGCAUUCAGACUGCCUAAUCCAUUGAAUGCAAUGCAGAUAUUGUGGAUCAAUAUUAUAAUGGACGGCCCUCCUGCCCAAAGCUUGGGAGUUGAGCCAGUGGAUCCAGAUGUUAUUCGCCAACCACCUCGUAAGAUGAGUGAUCCUAUAUUAUCAAAAGGAUUGAUUGGAAGAGUUUUACUUUCUGCUACGUUGAUUGUAGCUGGAACAUUGGCUGUGUUUUGGUUGGAGAUGAGAGAUAAUGAAAUCACUCCACGAGAUACAACAAUGACUUUUACUUGUUUUGUAUUUUUUGAUAUGUUUAAUGCACUCAGCUGCAGAUCACAGAAAAAAUCUAUUUUUAAAAUUGGAUUCUUCACAAAUCGUGUGUUUUUAUUUGCUGUCGGAGCUUCACUCCUCGGACAAAUGUUGGUGAUUUAUUUUCCUCCUUUACAAGCAGUGUUUCAAACAGAGGCUUUAACUAUUUAUGAUAUUUUGCUUCUACUUGCGCUUGCAUCAACAGUAUUUAUAUCUUCGGAAAUUAUAAAGGUUUGUUUACCAAGCUACAAACUCGCUAAAGUACAAUCUAGUAAAUUUGGGUCAUAUGUGUGAGUGGAAUCUUCUGAAAUUUGUGGCAUCUGGAUGAUGCCAUCUCUAAGUUGAUGCCACUGCCAGAUGUACUUGAUGCAAUUUACUUCAAUGCAGUAAAUCAAGAAUGCUUAUAUAGCAUGCCAGGCUAUGAUUCUUUAGAAACAUCAGAAACAUGGAUUUCUCAAAACAUCCCACAACCUCUUGGACACCUAAACACUGCAGUUGUUCAAAAAAAAAGCCAGGCAGUGGCAAGGAUGAACUUGUACUAGAAAUCUAGUUAGUUUAAUUGUUCAAAACAGAGUUAUUUUGCUGUUAUUGUCAACAGCUCUUAUUUACCACUGUGGUGCAUUGUCUAUAUCGACUCUAAAACUUAAUAAAAUUCCAUGACUGUUUACCUUAGAUAUGGCUUCUUUUUUUCACUGAGUCUGUGCUUAUGAAAUGAUCAACUAUUUAGCCAUGCGCAUAAUUACUGGUAUCUGGACAUAUGUUAUUAUUUAGCAAUUUUAGUGUUUUCAAUCUUCCUUGUAUCAGUUUUUGUGCUUUAACAAUGAAUAAUCUGCUCUGGUACAUACAGCAAUACUUGUAGCUUAACAGACUGAAUUUUCCUGUUUGGCACAUCAUUCCCAAUUUUUACACUAGGUGAUGUCAUUGUAUUAAAAAUCUUCAAACUAUGACGACAAGAUAGGAAAGUACAAACGCUAUACAUACCGUUAGACCCAGAACUUUUCUAUGGAGUUGCUUGCUUAAAGCAAAGUUGCGGUUCCACAAAGAACUUUUGAAUGUAGUGCUAGAGUUUAAUUAAUUUGAAAUAGGUGAUCUGUAUGUCUGUAAGUCAGUAAAUAAUAAUUAGCGAAAGUACUUGAUUAUUUCAUGAAAAGAACUUUUUUUAAUAAUUUUUGCUUUAAAUUGUAUUUCUUUACAAAACUACCAUUAUUCAAGAUUUUAUUUCAAUUUAUUAAUAAAUUAUUUUACGUUCUAUUUUGGCAUUUCGUUUGUUGUGGGAAGAUGAAUAUAUUUCUAGUACAAUUGUUCUGUUGUCGAAGCUCUGUGCAAUACUGCAGGUCCGAUCCAUAAAAAUGUAAUAAACAAAUCUGUUCCAUCCUAUUUAUUUACCUUGAAAUGCUCUUUGGUUUUCUGAUUUUUUUUUCUUUGUAGAGUUGUUGGUGAAUUUGGCUUCAAUGAAAUUUAAACAUUUUUAGAAAAAGUUGUUCUUAGGGUAUAGUUCAUUUUUAUACGGCUAAUUAGAAGAGUGUGUUCCUAGCGACUGUGUUCCUGUCUGCUUUCCUGUUAACGGAUCCAUAUGCACUGACUCCAAGGAUGUUGUAGCAAGAUUUAAAAUGGCCAUAUUAAAUGGUUCAAAAUCUUCAGACUACUAAACUGCUUGUUUUAGGAAGUCUGGCUUUGGUCAGAUGGAAAUUUUGUGAGAAUAUGAAAACUUUUGAAUUGCUUAAUAUCAUUUUUUCCAUAAUAUUCUUAGUUUACAAGCAGAAUGAUAGAGGCAAAAUAAAUCUUGAUAGAUUAGAAAUUGAAACUAGAAUGUCUGACUAUUUGGAACGCAGGCUCCAUCGAACAUGAAUCAUGAGGCAAUAUAAUAUAUUAUACAGCAUUAGAUCAGCGUUUCCCAAACUGUGUUCCGCGGAGUCUCUUCCGAGUGUUAUGUGGAAAUGCCAUCAAAAAUUGCAGCUAGUACUUCUAUUGGAAUCAAAUUGAGAAACGAUAAAACAUUUAUAAUAAAUGCAUUAAGUAAAAUAAUUUAUCAUAUUUUAGUUAUGUUUAACACAAUACUGUUAGUUUUUGCGGCGCAUUUGGCAAGUCGCCGCGGCAAACCCAUUGGGAACCGGUCCAUUGCAUCGUUUUUCUAUAUCAAUUUUACCCUUUUAUUUUUUGGUGUUCCGCGAGGCGAGAUAAAAAGUGUAAGUGUUCCGAGGCCAAAAAAGUUUGGGAAACGCUGCAUCAAACAACUGAAAGUAGUAUAAAAAACAAUAUUCGCCAGAAUUUCAUCCACACUAGUUUCCACACUUUUUGUAUGAAAAAUAUUUUAGAAGUAUACCAGGCAAAAGUGUUAUAUUUUUUUGUUAUAAUCAUAGAUUCCCAUGUCUGGACAGAGUGUUCUAUCAUCGAUAUAAACAAGAAUGGAUAGUGAAUUUGAUGGAGGUUGGUUUAUUUUGAGCAAUAUUUGUUAAUUUUUCCAUAUCAUGGUAUUACACGAAAUGUCAAAGAAUUUUUAUGAUUGACAA